GACUGACUAUUCCCAGUCUGUCUUUUAUUCACUUUCCUUGUAUUUUAUCGACCUUGUAUAUUUCUUCAAUCUUCAAUUCUAUUACUCAAGUUUCCAUUUCUCGUGAUUUCCGUUCAAUUAAUAUAAUAAGAUCAUCGAUACUUUCAUUCAAAAGUACAAUUAGAAACCCUAGAUACAGAUAUAGAUACAGGUAGUGAGAAUAUAUGAUCGGAUGGUGAAGGAGACAGAAUAUUACGAUGUGCUUGGGGUCAAACCCACCGCUACUGAAUCCGAGAUCAAAAAAGCUUAUUACAUCAAGGCUCGGCAGGUCCAUCCAGAUAAAAAUCCAAAUGAUCCUCUUGCAGCACAAAAUUUUCAGGUUUUAGGAGAAGCUUACCAAGUAUUGAGUAAUCCAGAUCAAAGACAAGCUUACGAUGCUUGUGGGAAAUCAGGAAUCUCAACUGAAGCAAUCAUCGACCCUGCUGCCAUAUUUGCAAUGCUUUUUGGGAGUGAGCUAUUUGAAGACUACAUUGGUCAGCUCGCUAUGGCAUCAAUGGCUUCUUUGGAUAUUUUCACAGAAGGGGAGCAAUUUGAUGCUAAAAAGUUGCAAGAAAAGAUGAGGAAUGUGCAAAAGGAAAGAGAAGAGAAGUUAAUCGAGUUACUUAAAAAUCGUCUACACGAGUAUGUUCAAGGGAACAAAGAGGAAUUUAUCCGUCAUGCUGAAGCGGAAGUAGCAAGGCUCUCCAAAGCAGCUUAUGGUGUGGACAUGUUAAACACUAUCGGGUAUAUAUAUGCACGCCAGGCAGCAAAAGAGCUUGGCAAAAAGGCUAUGUAUUUGGGCGUGCCAUUUAUUGCUGAGUGGUUUAGAAAUAAAGGACAUUUUAUCAAAUCCCAAGUUACAGCAGCAACAGGUGCACUUGCUUUAAUUCAGCUCCAAGAGGACAUGAAACGACAGCUAAGUGCAGAGGGGAAAUACACAGAAGCGGAACUUGAAGAAUAUAUGCAGUCCCACAAGAAAUUGAUGAUUGAUUCUCUUUGGAAGCUCAAUGUGGCUGAUAUUGAAGCCACACUUUCUCGAGUUUGUCAGAUGGUACUUCAAGAUAAUACUGUGAAAAAGGAGGAGCUUCGUGCAAGAGCAAAGGGCUUGAGGACUCUUGGUCGGAUCUUUCAGAAGGUGAAGUCAAAUAACGGUAAUGAAAAUGAACCGAUAUUACACUCUGGCAUGCAUAAUAUAGAUGGAGUUGAUCCAGAUCACGUGGAAUCUGGACAAAGCUCUCAAACCACCAUGGCACCUCCGAGUCCAUAUGUGGAAGCUCCCCAGUUUGUGGGUGUAGAAAACUUCCACUUUCCAAUGCCGACAGCACCCCCUGGAGCCCAGAGAUUUCAGUGAAGACUACAAGAAGCAUGAUGACGAUGGUUGGAUUUUAAUGGUAUGUGUUUAUAUGUAUCAUUGUGUUAAUGGAUUUGAAUUUGUUUGUAUUUGAGUGAAUACUUAACUUUUGAAUGGGUUUUUAGCUUGGUUUCUAUAAGCACAUAAUGUAUUAUUGUAUUAGUAGGAUGUGCUUAUGAAUCAGUUUGGGUGGCAUGAAAACCAGAGUAGUUAAAUACAUUAGUGAAUACUUGAAUUCUUUUGUUGAUCAUGCUUUAUAAAUUAUUUUGCCACCGGUUGAAUUGA